UGUGUCGAAAGCAUCCUGGUGUUAGCAGCUAGCUAGCCUCUGACAAUAAAUACAAAGAGAGGUCUAAAUAUUUCAUCAUGGGCGAAUCAUUAACUCGACUCUAGUGGAUACAAAGAAGAUUAGAAAUCACCUGAACUGGCAUUUGCCAACAUGAUCUGACAGCUGGUAUCUGAAGACAUAGCGAACUAAACAUUAGCCUUAGCCAGCGUUCAAACUUUGACGGGCACAGCAGCAAUUCGCUAGCUAGCUGCUAGUUUGUGAAUUUACUACUACUAUACCAGCUAGCUAGGUGAUGUGUAUUGUUAUUGUAGCAGUUAUGCUAACCAACUAGCGCUGUAACUGUUUACACACUGACUAAUUACGCGUUAUUUUUUUUACCUGUAGUUUAUGUAAAACUAGCCUUAGCGUCAUUACAAAGAAACGUCAGCCAACUUGUGAAUAAUGACUAACGCCACUGUCAGGCAGCUAAUGCUAACGUUAGCCAUUUAAACUGUGUAAGUUACACUUAAAACUGUAACUAACGUACACAGUUAGUAUAAAUUAGUAUCGACGACCCUUCUCUUAGCUAAUUGUGUAAUAAAGCCAUCAGAUAGUAAACAUCUGGAAUCUGAACAGCUGCAAGUCUGUUUUCUGAUAGAUUUCGGCCAAUCACGAGAUAAAUAAUGCGAAACAACAGGAUGUCAAAGGCGUGGGGAUUAACGUUAGGGCAGCAGUAUUGUCUAGAAAACACAGCUGUCCGGUCAGUUUUAUAAUCCUUAUCUUCUAGAAAAUGCAGCUACAGUAGCUUCUUUUUUUUUUUUUUGCGUAGUGUUAUAUUUUGUAAAAGCAAAUUGGCUACCCAGUUGAUCUUAAAUAGUCUGUAUAGGUUAGAGUCCACUUUUCUUUAAGUUAUGCCUGGGGACACAUCUGGUAGUAGUGAUGACUCCGAUGCAAAAACAAAUGAAAAGGACUGUACUGUCAAGCAUCAAAUCACCAAUGCUAACCUCACAGGUCACACUGAGAGGGUCGGCAUGGAGAACUUCGAGCUGCUCAAAGUCUUGGGGACUGGAGCUUAUGGAAAAGUGUUUUUGGUCAGGAAGAACAGCGGUCAUGAUGUGGGCCAGCUAUAUGCUAUGAAGGUAUUAAAGAAAGCAGCGAUUGUUCAAAAGGCAAAGACAACAGAACAUACCCGCACUGAGAGGCAGGUGCUCGAGCACAUCCGCCAGUCUCCCUUCCUGGUCACGCUCCACUAUGCCUUUCAGACGCAGAGCAAACUACAUCUCAUCCUGGACUAUGUGAGCGGUGGGGAGAUGUUCACUCAUUUGUACCAGCGGGAUCACUUUCCUGAGGAGGCGGUGCGGAUUUAUAUCGGGGAAAUAAUCCUGGCUCUGGAGCACCUGCACAAGCUUGGGAUUGUGUACCGAGACAUCAAAUUGGAAAACAUUCUUCUCGACAGUGAAGGCCAUGUGGUAUUGACAGAUUUUGGGCUCAGCAAAGAGUUUUUAGAAGAAGAGAAGGAAAGGACCUACUCUUUCUGCGGCACCAUUGAGUACAUGGCGCCUGAAAUCAUCAGGGGGAAGACGGGACAUGGCAAGUCGGUAGAUUGGUGGAGCCUUGGGAUCCUGAUGUUUGAGCUGCUGACAGGAGCGUCUCCUUUUACCUUGGAGGGAGAGAGGAACUCCCAGAGUGAGGUGUCAAAACGUAUUCUGCGCUGUGAUCCACCGUUCCCCUCUAUGAUUGGACCAAUUGCUCAGGACCUGCUGAGGAAACUGUUGGUGAAAGAUCCUCACAAGAGACUGGGCUCCGGACCGAGAGGGGCUGAAGACAUCAAAGCACAUCACUUCUUCAAGGGACUGAACUGGGCUGACCUAUCACAGAAGAAGCUGCCAAGUCCAUUCAAACCGGAGCUGAAGAGCGAACUGGACGUGGGAAACUUCGCUGAGGAGUUCACUGGGAUGGAUCCUGUCUACUCUCCAGCAAGCACGCCUCCAAGCACUGACCGCCUGUUCCAGGGUUACUCCUUUAUUGCUCCUUCCAUCCUGUUCAAUAAGAACGCGGUCAUGGGAGACUUUGUAGAAACCCAGAUUGGUGCCGAUCGACCGGGUUCGGCUUCUGUCCAGCGCAGCGCAAUGUUAGAGGAAUCCCAGUUUUUCCUUCACUAUGAGCUGUGUCUUCACGGGCCACCCCUAGGUGAGGGUAGCUUCUCUGUGUGCAGGAAGUGCAGACACAAGCAAAGUGGCCACGAGUAUGCAGUCAAGAUCGUGAGCCGCAGAAUGGAGGCAAACACUCAGAGGGAGGUUGCUGCUUUAAGGCAAUGUGAGGUUCACCCCAACAUCGUCAAGCUGCACGACGUCUAUACUGAUCAGUACCACACAUAUUUAGUGAUGGAGCUUCUGCGAGGUGGGGAGCUGCUGGAAAGGAUCAAGAGGAAGAAACUUUUUGGCGAGGCGGAGGCCAGUCAGCUGUUACAGAGCCUGGUCUCAGCCGUCAGCUUCAUGCACGAGGCUGGAGUCGUGCACAGAGACCUCAAACCAGAGAACGUGCUGUUUACAGAUGAGGGGGCGGACUCGGUGCUGAAAGUAAUAGAUUUUGGAUUUGCCCGGCUGUGCCCAGCAGGCAGCGCCCCCCUGCAGACUCCCUGCUUCACGCUGCAGUACGCUGCACCUGAACUUUUUGAGAGCGCAGGAUACGACAAGGCCUGUGACCUCUGGAGUCUUGGGGUCAUCCUGUACACCAUGCUGUCAGGCCAGGUGCCCUUUCAGAGUGAGCAACGUGGGAUGACCUCGUCAUAUGCUGCUGACAUCAUGCAGAAGAUAAAAGAGGGUGAUUUCUCAUUGGAUGGGGAGGCCUGGAAGGGAGUGUCAGAGGAUGCCAAAGAGCUUGUCAAAGGCCUACUGACAGUGGAUCCAGAGAGGCGUCUCAAACUCUCUGAUCUGAAAGAGAACAGCUGGCUGCAGGGUGGAGCAUCCAUGUCCACCACUCCCUUGUGCACUCCAGAUGUGCUUGAGUCCAGUGGGCCUACUGUUCGCACCUACGUUAAUGCUACCUACAAGGCUUUCAACCGUGGUAAGAGAGAGGGCUUCUUUCUGAAAAGUGUCGACAACGCUCCCCUCGCAAAACGACGGAAGCUUAAGAUGACAAGCACAGGUGUAGAGACCCGAUGGAGUUCAUCCUCUUCAUCCUCCUCUUCUUCCACUUCCUCCUCUGCCUCUGCCUCUGCCUCUGCAACAGCAUCCAAAGCACAGCCAAAACAAACUGUGGCCCCAAAGCAGAGCUAGCCUAAACGGCAGGGGAGGGACCAGCUGGGAAAUGAAGCAGUAUGUACUUAUACUGGCAACAUGAAGUCCUCCAGUGCUGAUAGGGUCACUCACUCUCAGAAAACAUACUGACGACCAAAAGACUGGUUUUAGGGUAAGUGUUAGGUCUUCAAUACAAAAUUGAAUUCCACUUUUUAACAGUCCAACACCUUCAGUAAUUGUAUCACAUUUUCCCCAAAACCAAACACGUAUUUUCCUCAAGCGGAUGAAGAAGACGGUAGAGGUCUGGUUUGGUGUUUUGACUUGUACACAAAUCUGUGGCCUUUAGACAAAUUAAUACUUAUUCAGUAUCUACUCACCAGAAUUUGGUGAAAUCACACACUAAAUGUUAAAAAUGAGACAUUUACCUGUUUUCACUGUGGGUAAGAAACAGUGCCUGGCUACAUAGGGAUAAAGGGAAAAAGGAGCCAUAAAUGAGCAGAAGCCAUAUAUACAGCAAAGCAGUGAAUAUAUGAAUUGAGCCGUUGUGAUUAUACACAAAUUUGCACAUAGCAAAUAAACAGUCCUUCCAGGAAUUUGCAGAUUUAAUUCUUUGAUUGUAUCGAAUUAUUUUUUACCUUUGCCACACGUAUAAUGAUUGGCAGAAAUAAAGUUUGGCCACAAGUGCUGUUGUGCCCCACGUUGGCACUCUGUUCUGUAAAAACAACAGUUUUGUGAAAACUGUUCUCCUUCUUUUGAUUAGUUUAGGUUGGGCACUAGUGUUUGCACUAUUUGCAAAGAAUGUAAAAGAUCAAAUGGUCAAAAAGGCAAAUUUCUGAAAGGACUGAGCACAGAGGGAAAAGCUUGUGGUCUGAACAACCUUGGAGAUUGCGUAGGAUGAAUAAUAGUGUAGUUGAAAUGAUCUCUAUUUGAUACAGGUUUUAACUGAUGAUCUUUAGUCCAGAGUGCAUCUGCGGCUGCACCUCCAUUACACUACCAGCUCUACAGACUGUGUGGAGCAUGAGUUUUGUUAGCUGGCUCUGAGUAAGUGUUUUGAUGAACAAUCAGAGUUUGACUUGAAGUGGUCACAGUACUAACCAAGUGUCCAACAGUAGCACCUGUAAAAAGAGAUGAAGACACAGAAGCGGUCGUGACAUACAGUGUGAUUUUCUUGUCAUACUUUGCUGUAAAUUUCUCGCAUUAUCGUGCUGGUCUGAAAACGUCUAGCAUGCUAAUCUGUCGUGAUGAUGAACUAUAAGAAUGUUUUUCUAUAUUUUGGUAUCUUGGGUUUAUGUUUUUUUAUGCUACAAAGUGCAGCUGGAGUGUUUCCAGGCAGACUGGAGUAAAAUCCAUUGUGGUGACUUUGAGCGUGCACCGCCUCGGGCUUGAGAAUUUUAAAAGGGUAUUACAGUUUUCUGUUGGCCCAUCAGACCAGCGCCGUAUGCGGCUCCCCCAACAGUGAAUCUGUUGCCUGUUGAUGAAGCUCAGCUUGUUGUUACCUGGGCUGCAAAGGUCACCUAUUUGUCUUUUUACAGAAGUGGUUUUAAAACAAAUGGCUUUGAAAUUCAAACGAUAUCACAGAAUGAGAGACUCAAUGAUGACUUUCAAAUGGCUCUUUUAAAACAUCCUGUGAGGUCUGUUGUGUAGAUACUCCUUAAAUCCUUGUAAAUCCUUGAUUCAGAGCAAAAAAAUACUUAUGUAAUGAUUUAAAAAUUGACAGCUGUUCUAAUGGUAUAUCAGUCUCCAGAUGUAAUUAUGUUUUUAUUGGAAUAUUUUUUUUUCUUUUUUUUUUACAUGUUGCACAGUCAGUUGAUCAAUUAAAAACAUUUCAGCUUUAAAGGUGCUUUUACUGAUAUUUAUUACAUGUAAUUGAUUUUAAUGCUGUGGUAAUGGGAUUAUGAUCAUUUGGCUCCUGUUUUGUACCAGCACCGUGCGUGUGUGUGUGUGUGUGCACGCGUGUGUGUGCGUGCGCGUGCAUGUGUGUGAGAGAGAGAGCGCAUGAGUGGCAUUGGGAGAUUGGCUGUGCUGAUGUUUCUGCACCAGAUGAAGCAUUAUUGCAAGUAACUGUAUUAUUUUCUUGUUGUUUUCUGCCUCUGUCUGUUUAAAGGUAACUGGUUGUUUGUGUUUGAACAUUGAAUUUUUACUUAAACUGUGCUUUUAUUGGUGUUGAUAUUCUUUUGAUGUAGUAAAUGAUAUUUUUCUUUCUUUUGUUGAGCAUUACUAUUUUACUGAGAUGCACUGUCACUGAUGUCGUAACUGGGAAUUUAUCUUUUGCACCAAGAUUUUUUGUUUGGUGCAAAAUAAACAUUACUUUUAAAUAGA